CUUCCGUUUACCUUCAUGUCACAUGAUUUCAGUUUGUAGGAGGCACAAGACUUAAACUUGUCGGUACAAUUAUAACAAGAGCGGAGAGAGAGUUGCACAGUUUAGUGGAUGUCAAUUAGAUGAUCAUGCCUGGGCCGGAGGGAGACGCUGUCAGGGGGACGGGGGGCCAGGUGGACGAGAUUACAAUGGCACUGAUUGAUGCUGCACAUGACAAGAAUGACGAGGCACGAGAAGUCAUCUCCAACUCACUAUACGAACUCGGCAAGAAGAAACCGUCUCUGGUUCUAAGCUCAUGUUAUUCAUAUCUUAAGAAACACAAUAAGCUGUCGACAGAUCACCGUAUUGUGAUACUCAACGCUCUGGAGCGUAUCUUGAAAGAAGUCCUUGAUAACAUUGAUGUCAGCCUGGCUGUUGACCUCAUCCACCAGGCUGCAGACGAACUCACACAGUCCAAGGAAGUUGAGCCUGAGUGGCAGACGGCAGCCAGUGGUGUUCUGGUUGCCUUGGGAACCAAGUAUUGUGAUGAGGUGAUGGGUGAACUCCUGGACCGUUUCCAACCUGGGGUCAUCCCACACUUUUUCGUGGUGCAGACCAUUGGCAACUUGGCGUCUGCUAAUGUGUAUGCCAUGGUGCCACAUCUGACUGCCGUGCUGGGCACCAUGCUCCCCAUGCUAGGGAUGAUCAAGUUCGACAACAUGAGAUGGGUCUUCACUUCAGCCUUGUCCAAGUUCAGUGAAGCAAUCCUGGAGUACAUCGCCAACCUGGACAAGGCCCCUGACUCCUCCAUCACCAAGCAGAAGUUCUCGGGGGAGAUAUUCUCGGCCUAUGACAUCAUCUUCAACAUCUGGCUGCAGUCUAAGGAGGCUAAGCUUCGUCUGGCAAUAGUUGAGGCAGUGGGUCACAUGACUCACGUGAUGGACCAGGACAAGUUGGAGGAACAGUUCCCCAAGAUACUGCAGGGCAUGCUGGGAUUGUACCGGCGCCACCCGGAGCCGUACCACAUCACACAGGGUCUGUGUAUGGUGCUUGAUGGAGUGUGCAAAGAGGAGAGCCCCAUCCUAGAGCCACACUUUGACAACCUCUUCAAUAUCCUCUUCUCACAGGUCCUGCAGACUCCGGACUACACCAACCCCCUGAGUAUCAAGAACCACAAUGAGCUGCUCAGGUCUUUCACCAUCAUCGCCCGGUCAUUUUCGGGUCGACUUGUUGGAUUGCUGCUUCAGAAGUUGGAGACGACCAAUGAGAAGACAAGGCUUGGUGUCCUCACCAUCUUCAAACACAUCAUUAACUCUGCAGGCCCCUCCAUGGAGGACAAGAAGGAAGUGGUUGUAUCCGGGCUGAAGAACCUCUGCAACGACAACAACAACAAGGUGAAGAAAGUGUUUGCCCAGGUUGUCAUAGCGAUGGCUCACCAUGGUUACCUGGAGUUGGAAGGGGGACAACUCAUGGUGGAAUUUAUUGUCAGACAGUGUGCUCUUCCAGAUGACCCACCGGGCAAGAGGCCUGCAGACCCAGAAUGGGUGUCGAACAAGGCUCUCCGCAGCAUGUGCGAGAACAUCCUGCAGCUGGUCACCACGACCAUAGAGAGGAUGGAGAUUGUGCUGUGGCCGUACCUGCUGGAGCUGAUUGUCCCUGAGCAGUACACCGAGGCGGCAGGUGCCCUCUGCCGCAGUCUGGCCUACCUGUCAAUCAAGAAGAGGGAGGAGAAUGCUGACGAUUACGAAAUAGACUUUGAAACUCAAGCAAACAUCCCCAAACCUCCAUCGCUGGCUGCCAAACUUGUUGUGCUUGCUGGUCGUCCACUGAAUGGCCGAGAACGAGGGAUGCAUGUCCUGCAGAUGAUGCGAGGGAUCUCGGGUAACAUCCAUGAAAACCUCGUGGAGCUGUGGGAUACUGUCAUCCCUAAACUUGUACAGUACCUAGAAGAUCAUCUGGAGGAUGAGGGGAAAUGGUCACAGAAGAACUGGGAAGACUUGCUGCUGAAGAUGCUGGCAAAGAGCCUGGAUGUGAUUGACAGCGAGGAGUGGAUUGCAGACUUCGGCGAAUUGAUGGGUCAACAUGUGACCAUGUACCAGAACGCUGCGGAGGAGAAGAACUUCCUGUACAAGUGUCUGGGCAUUAUCAUGAGGAAGUCCACCAAGAAGGACUUCGUCGCCAAACAUCUAGAUCUGCUCUUCAGCACCGUCAAACACACAGAGCAGGUCGAGAAGGAGGGGUGUGCAAUAGCUGUUGGCUUCUCUGCUGCCUCACACUUGGAUGCUGUUCUGACCAAACUGGAAGCUGUUGCGAAAAAUGACACUGCCAAGAAGUCAACUGGGAUUCUCAGUGUGUUCAAGGGCUCAGACAAGUCCGAGGGAGUGCCGCAGAAUGUUAAGUCAACGAUCAUGUUGUGUUAUGGCUUUGUGGCCCUCUACUCUCCACCCUCGCUCAUCGUGUCAAGGAUGGAAGCCACCAUCCUCCGAACCAUCGCUCCGUACUUCCAGAACGUCAAGGACACAAGUGUCAAACAAAAUCUGAUUCGCACGGUGGAUUUGAUCGGCAAGGCCUUGCACCCCGACCAUCUUGAGCAGACGUAUAACUUCAGCACACGUGGGAAUUUCAUAGCUCACCUACAGAAUUACAUGAUUGCUGAGCCAGUCUCCCACCUGUCCAAUGAGACGAGAGCGCUAGCCAUGAAUGCCUGUGCUACACUUAUUAAGCUUGACCCACGCCUGUCAGAGGCGGAGAUAUUUGACCUGAUCAAGACGGGAAUGGACAGCACGAUGGCGCUGACCCCCAACGGGUUCCCCCUGAAGAAGGGGAAGGAGGAGACGUAUGACGAGAUGCUGGAGAUGGAGGUGUUGAUGGAGGCCACGUUCCAGGCGCUGUACGAUAUGCUCAACGGCAUACUGACCAAGGAUCUCGCACCACAGGGUCUUGAGACAAUAUUCAAGCACCUGGUGCCAUGGAUCCUGGACCCCGAGGAACACAAGAGGGAGAGGGCCCUGAAGACCUGGCAGACAGUCCUUACCUUCUACCUGGAGCACGCAGAGAUCACAUCUGAAGAAACGUUCAGCAGUGAGGGAGUAUUUCUGGCCAGGAUGGUUCCUCGAUGUACAGACCCCAGCAUCAACAUCCGACUCCACGCUAUUGACUGUGUGCAGCUCACUCUCAAGAUUGGACUCCGAUAUGAAGGUAACCAUGCAGAUCACAAGGACCAGAUGGUGGAAGCUCUUGGCACUCUGAAGGAGAGGCUGAAGAAGGGAGACCCCAACAUCCUCUUCAGUGUCAUCAACGACCUGUCAAAGGUGGUGUCCAAGAAGCUCCAUGCUGACCACCUCCAGCCAUUCAUGGAAGUCCUCCAGGAGGGUCUCCUGGAUCCCCAGUCUCACAGCUCGUCCGGGGCGUGCGUCGUCCUCAAUGGUCUGAUGAAGACCCGGGGAGGAGAGCUGCAUAAAGAGGUGGGCAAGAUCCUCGACAAUCUGUACGACAAGCUGCGGCUCAUUCAGUGUCCACAAACUCGAACAGGCACACUCCGAACAAUCCGAACAAUGGCCGCUCACCACCUCAUCCCAGUCGUCACAACCCUCCUGGGAUACCCACUGCCUUAUGAUGAACACAUAGUUGAGGUGUGGCACAUCAUUGCCCAGGAGUCGCAGUUGACGGCCAGCAUGAUUGACCACUUCCUGGAGCUGCUGCAGAAGAGUCUUCCUUACGAGGAGAAACCCGACCCGCGGGACAAGAGCCAUCUGCUCAAGACUGCAACAGUUACCCCCCUUGCUGUUACAUAUGCACUGAAGGAGAUAUUCGUGGUGGAGGAGUCUGAAGAACAAGUGUUGAAGAACUUCCAUAGACUGUUUGCAGCGCUCAUGGUGAGAGUUGGCUCUGCUGUCGGAGUCGGACCACCCAAAGCUCAGGUUGAAAGAGAGGAGCCAAAAACAAAGGACAAGAAAAAAGCUCCAAAGGUUGAACAGAAACUCAUCAACCCAAGUCAAGCAGUGAUAGAGGCCUUCCAGAAGUUCCUCCAGAGAGCAAAGAGCUUCGACAUGUGUGAGACCCUAGAGAAAGAAAUGGUAUGGAUCAACAUGGAGGAUGAGAUGCUGUACCCAGAGGCCAUCACCGCUCUAGCCAGAAUUUUGGUAACCAGCACAGCAGAAUGUGCCUACACAUCCAAGAUUGUGGCCAAUCUCACGUCAGUCCUAUCCAGUCUUUUCGAUCCACAGAGGGUCGUAGUAGCUGCUUUCUUUGCCGAGUUGAUCAACCAGAAGUGUGCUGGAGACGACACAAUGGUGGAGCUGAUCAUGAACAGCCUGCUGGGCCGCCUCGUCGACUCCUCGCACGUCGUCAGAAUGCUGUGUAUACGAGGACUCAGCAAUGUGGCCAGUGUGGGCAAGGACCAGGUUCAGAAAUACUCAACAACAAUCCUGUCUGCCAUGAUGGCUGGGAUGGAUGAUAAGGAAGACCCAAAUGAUGACAUCACAAUCGAAGCAAUGAGUGGUUUGUCUCGCAUCAUGUCUGAGAUUGACGAGAGUCACAUCCGAGCCAUUCUCAUCAAUGUUGCACUCAAAAUUAGGCCUUGCUUUGAAAAGGAGAAGCCUGCAGUACGUGCACAGGCAUUCAUCUUGUUUGGCAAUCUGUCCCGGUUCGGCGAUGGUCCGUCACGAGCACCCUUUCUUGAACAAAUACACAGUAACUUCAUCAGUCUUCUCCUACAUCUGAAUGAUCCAGAACCGGAUGUGAAGAAGGCUUGUAAGUAUGCCCUGCGGAUGCUGGGGCCACUGAUAGGAUCAGAGUCUGUCAACGACAAGUUUCAGAAACAUCUUCUGGAGGAGGCAAACCUUUUCUAUGGGGAAUUCAUGAACGACUUAUCCAAACUUAUUAUUCAAGAUUUUCCGGAAAAGAUCAACUUCUAUGUGAUGGGCUGUGUCUCAUUCUUCAAAAGCCACUGGGAUGAAAUCAAGAGCAAUGCUGCAAUGUUUGCAGGGUUCCUGCUGGGUAAUCUAUCAAAAGAGAAGCAAGGAAACAUUACAAAGGAACAUGUGUGCUCAGCUCUUGUACUGCUGCUGAAGGAUAUUUCCCCUCAAGUGAGAUGCAAGGCAGCAGAAGCCAUGAGCUUAUUGUAUGAUUACUGAUGUCACAACAACUAGCUGCACAGACCAAAGUCCUCUCAUAGGCUACUGAAACACAGUUCUUUUGAGCUUGUACAACACCUAAGGUGGUGGACCUGUUGUCCCACUACCAAGAAAAGGUGUCUGUAUGUUUUGCGACUAAGGUCUCCCCAGCAUCCACUCAUGUCUUUCAUUUUCAACAUUCCUAUUUAUAACCAUCAGCUAUUUAUGAACAUCAUUCAAGACUUAAUAGAUCCUACAUUUUAUUUAUGACUUGGGGUCAAGUAGAAAAGGUAAUGAAAUGAAUAAGGUUUGUGUCUAAUAUCACAUGUAGACUAUCUUCUCUUACACAUACGUUUAUCUGUGAAGAUUAAUUAAGCAGGCUCCAUGCUAUUAGCUGUUUGAAACUUGGAAGUGACCUGUGCAGGGUUUGUUAAAUCUUGAUGGAGAGAGGUAUCAAAAUGAGAGUAAAAGAUCUUAAAUUAAUAAGAUUCAACCUUGUAUAUACACUUGUUACUUUGUGACUAACAAUUACAGAAUGUAAGUUAAGAUAGUUUAAUCUUUCCAUUUUCAUAUCACACACCUGAAAGGACCCUAGUCAUUGUAGUUGCUUGUUGAACACUGUUGUGAGAGCAGGAAAUGUUUAUGUAAUGAGAGUAAAUUCAUACAUAUGUGGGACUGUGAAUGAAAGCACCUGCUACUCAUUACUGUAGCAACAGUAUAUUCAAUUCAUAGUCCACUAACAAAUGAGAGGCAUGUUCUAGAAGUGCUUAGUGUACUGAUGUUUUUCUUCAUUCAUUAUUACCAGUGUUACAAGAAUGGGGAUAUACCCAUUUAUGGACUGGUGACUGGUUGCAAUAUUGAUUUGUUAUAAUAGAAGUAAUGUUUGAAUAUUUGAGGAUUGCACAGAUUGUUUUGCUUAAUUAACAAGUUCCUUGUACAAGAUAAACUUUUAAAGUAUUUAUGGCUGUAUUUUUGCACAAUUGAUUUUGUAUAAUUGACUCAGUUCCAGCAAGAUGGAAACACUAAAGAUUGUGUUACUGGAAACGAGUUUAGAGGGAGAGUAGUUUUCAUUGUACCAUGAUUCAACUAACCAAUGGUUGUGCAAAGUUCACAACUUGAAUUUUGGGGUCUGACAUGAUUAUGCCAGAUCAGAUUGUAUGACUGGUAGUGUUAUACCGGGUGUUUAACAAAAAGAAGACAUGAAAUAAAUGAGAAGGAACUUUAAUAGUGCUUGAAAUUUUUGACUGAAUAUGUUUUUUAACCAUGUCAUUAUACUGUAAGAGGGGGCUUCCAUGAUGCAAUUGUAGACUUUUGCUCAGAUCUUAUCAACCGCAGUUCAUUACAAAGAAGGUGCUAAUGUUGAGAACUUACCUUUAUGUGUACAAUUAUCUCGAACAAGACAAAAUGAAUACUCCUCUGUAGUGUACACAAUGAGACCUAGUGUGGAAACUGUACAUUGUUAACUUGUGUUGUUGUGUAAAUAGACAUUUUAUGUUUGUUACUGUAUAGACAAACUAUAUUUAUUAUUGCACUGUACGAUCUGUAAUCCUGAUGCUCAUGAUGCAACCAUAUUUUGAUAUACCAUAGUUGAAUCAUUAACGUUUGUAUAUUGAUUAGUAUGGGGACGAUGCAUCAGUGGAUCGUGAUUUUUUACUUCUUGAUACAAUUAUCGAUCAGAGGCACACAGUAAGUGAAUUAGUGGUGAAAAUGUAAAUAUUUUCAUCCAAUGAGCCAUACUUGACACUGCCAACUUAAAAUCUUCAGUGUGACAGGUAUGUGGCCAUUUUGUCUGUGAAAAAGAUGCCUUUCGUACCACAGAUAAGAGCACAUGCUAGUAUCGUGAUACGUAUCAGAUCAUGAGCAUGGUAUCGUGAUACAUAUCGGAUCACAGUUGGUAUAUUGUCCCAGUCCAGAUAUUGAUAUCUUUACAGUGCUGUAUGACAAUACAGUUCAUGUGUACCUAUCAUGAUAUGGUGUUUGAAGUUAAGACUGAGAGUCAAAGGGGCCUUGCCAUAACCCUCUUGUUAAGAAAGAAAGACUUACGACGUUCCUAGAUUUAUCAUUCUAUAGAGGAACCCCUUGGACCACCUAACUUUAUAACACAGAAAUGAAAUUCUUUAUUGCUUGCUGCUACAAAUAAUGACACAGAAAAUUAGUUAAAGAUUUGUAUAUUGUAUUCUCUAUUUAUUCACAAAACAUACCAAACCAUAAAUGUACAUUGCACAUACAUGAUUUCAUGAAAUUGGGCAUUUAUUGGUGCAUCUAAAGAACUGUUAGAUAAUGUUAAAAGUCUUAUGCAAGUAUUAAUUGAGUGCUCAUUUUGUAAUGAGGGCUUACCCAUGGGUUGUGUUUGUUGUCCCACAACUGGUAUUGUAUCUAUGUGUGAUUUAUGAAAUAAAACAAGAUGCUGACCCAGUGAACUGCGGUCUGUGACUGUAAACUCUUUAAUUUGAUGGAAACACUAUGGGCUAGUAUGCCAUGCCAUCAAGCCAGAAGUAGUUUCAAAUGACAUGGUUUUUUUACACCACUAGUAGGUUUUCCACUUCACAAUUUACAAUCCAAAUUGGAAAUCUACUUUACUGAGAUUUGGACAAGACUUGGCUUUCAUGUUGGUGUUUGGUACAGAAAGUGUUAUGAUUGUUUGUUAAUGCAAUAAAAUAAAUACUAUUCUUAAUCUGA